AGCUCAGGGAAAGCCAUGGCCUCAAGCACAAGUACCAAGAAGAUGAAGGAGGAAGCCACCUGCUGCAUCUGCCUGGAGCUGAUGACUGAGCCUGUGAGCAUCGACUGCGGGCACAGCUACUGCCGCCUGUGCAUAGUGGGCAUCAUUGAGAGCCAGUGCUCUAUGACAGCGCAGAGGAAGUUCCACUGUCCCCAGUGCCGAGCGACAUUUAGAAGGGAGAGCCUCCGGCCCAACAAGCAGCUGCAGAACCUCAUUGAGACCAUCAAGGAGACAGAGUGUGAGAAGCUGUGUGAGGAACACAGAGAGCAGCUCCACCUCUUCUGUGAAGACGACCAACAGCUCAUCUGCUGGCGCUGUGAGCGGACACAGCACAAAGGACACGUCACAGCUCUUGUGGAAGACGUCUACCAGAGCUACAAGGAAAAGUUUCAGAAAGCUGUGACAAUACUGAAGGACACAAAAGAACAAUAUAAGAAUCUGAAGCUGUUAACAAGAAAACAAAUAACUGACUGGGAGGAAAAGACAGAGAGUAGGAAACAGCAAAUCCAUGCUGACUUUAAAAAUCUCCACAUGUUCCUAUAUGAAGAGGAGAAGUCUUAUAUAUGGAAGCUUGAAAAGGUAAAAGAGCAGACUCUAGAGAACCUUCUGGACAGAGAGGCCACAUUGGAGAAGCAGAUCCAGGAACUCAAGGACCACAUUGUGGAACUGGAGAGGAAAUGUCAGGGCUCAGCCCAGAAUUUGUUGCAGGAUGUAAAAGACACCUUGAGCAGGAACUCAACUAUCAACCUGGUAAAACCAAAGGAUGUGCUUUUGAAGCUGGAUACUGUGUGCAACGUCUCUGAGCUUUACUUUGAUGUGACAAAAAUGUUAAGGCGUUAUCAAACCAGUGUGAUUCUGGAUCCAGAGACAGCUCAUCCUAAAUUAAUUCUCUCGAAGGAUCAGAGGCAAGUGACUUGUGGGUCUGUUCAGAAGAAGCCUGACACUCCUGGGAGAUUUAGUGUCUUGCCCUGUGUCCUGGGCUGUGCGACCUUCACAGCAGGAAGACAUUACUUUGAAGUGGAUGUAGGAGAAGGAACCCAGUGGGAUUUCGGAGUUUGUCUGGAGAACGUGGAGAGGAACGUUGACACGAUACAGGGGCCACAGUCUGGAUUCUGGGCCAUAAGACUAUGUAAAGACAAAGGCUAUGUAGCCCUCACCUCUCUCUUAACUCCCCUUCGUCUGAAGGAGCACCUUGAGGUUAUGGGGGUUUUCCUGGACUAUGAUGCUGGAUUUGUAUCCUUUUACAAUGUGAAUACCGGCUCACACAUCUACACCUUCCCAAAGGCAUCUUUCUCUCAUGCUCUCCGGCCCUAUUUCCAGGUUUAUCAUUAUUCUCCUCUGUUUCUGCCUCCCCCAGAUGAGUAA